UUGUUCUGUUGUUGUAACCCUAACCCUCAUCCUCCUUAUUUUUCAUUCCCCUGGCCUGGCCUCUUCUCUCUAGACUCUCGUUCCCUCCCUUCCCUGCCUUCAGUUCUUCUUCUUCAGUUCAGAGUUCGUUCACAGAUCGCAGUUUCGCGCAGCCUGAGGCCCUGAGCCUCCUCUCUCUCUCGCUCUGUCUCUCAGGCGACUCGCGUCGUCAGUCUCUCUCUCUUAUCUCGCCGUCAGAUUUCCUCUCUUCCCACCUUCUGCACUGCGCCGUUCCCUCGUCUCUUGCGAUUCAGCAAGGCCUUCUGCGACGCUGUUUCUUCGUCUUCUCCAAGCUCUCGCAGUAUCUUCUUAAACUCGAACCUGCAGGGAUCUGAUGGCCAAUCACAUGCUUCAAAAAAUGGGCUCGCUGUUGGGGCUUUGGUAGGGAUAAUUCUGGGUUCUGUUUUUGUUGCUCUCAUUGUCUUACUUGCUCUUGCCUUUUGCAUACGCAAAAAUAAAAGGGAGGACAAGAUUCCAAGAGCUUCUGGGGGAAAUGUCUCUGCUCGCACAAAUAAUGUAAAUACUGAGAUGCAAGAGCAGAGGGUAAAAAGUGCGACUACUGUAACUGAUCUCAUGCCUCCACCCGCAGAAAUUUUGGUGGUUGAUAGGUUACAUAGUAAAAAUGGAUCGAAAAAAAGGAUAAAAUCACCUAUCACUGCUACUCCUUAUACUGUUGCCUCUCUCCAAUCAGCAACUAAUAGCUUCAGUCAAGAAUUUCUUAUUGGUGAAGGAUCUCUUGGUCGUGUUUACAGAGCAGAGUUCCCUAAUGGAAAGCUCCUGACCCGAGUAUUCAAAGAAAGAUUGAAAGGAAAGAUGGUGAUGAUCCGCAAUCUCAGUCGCAGUCUCGGUCGCAGUGCCAUCGCCAAAACACUCCUCUCGCCAUCAAAUUCAGGGCCCUCUUCUUCUUCAUCCUCUGCCCAUUCUGCUAUUCCGUUGUUGGCGCCGUUGGCGGGUCAACGCCUACGCAACAACUCUGCUGCAUUUGAACCCGAAUUCAGAGAUGCCACCACCAGCACCACCAGAUGCCUUCACUCCAACGCCUCGCUUGGCGGCGGUGGUGGACUGCCUUCCUCCAUGAGGGCAGCUGUCUUCAGGGAACCCAACAAACCUCUCACCUUCGAGGAAUUUCACAUCCCUCGCCCCAAAUCCGGUGAACUUCUAAUCAAAACCAAGGCAUGCGGAGUUUGCCACUCUGAUCUCCAUGUUAUGAAAGGCGAGCUUCCAUUUGCUAGCCCAUGUGUUGUGGGACAUGAGAUAACUGGUGAGGUUGUCGAACAUGGACCGGCCACAGACACCAAAACUAUAGCAAGAUUACCAAUUGGAUCUCGAGUUGUUGGAGCUUUCAUCAUGCCUUGUGGCAACUGUUCCUACUGUUCAAAGGGCCAUGAUGAUCUAUGCGAGGAUUUCUUUGCUUAUAACCGUGCAAAAGGAACUCUUUAUGAUGGUGAAACUCGGCUGUUCCUCCGCAGCAGUGGAGAACCAGUAUACAUGUAUAGUAUGGGAGGCCUUGCUGAAUACUGUGUUGUGCCGGCAAAUGGAUUGACUAUUUUGCCCGAGUCAUUGCCAUACAUCGAGUCUGCAGUUUUAGGUUGUGCAGUGUUUACCGCUUAUGGUACUAUGGCUAAUGCGGCUCAGGUGAAGCCUGGGGAUUCAGUUGCUGUGAUUGGAAUUGGGGGUGUAGGGUCAAGCUGUUUGCAGAUAGCAAGAGCAUUUGGUGCCUCUGAUAUUAUCGCUGUGGAUGUUCAAGAUGAAAAAGUGCAGAAAGCCAAGAUAUUUGGAGCUACGCAUGCUGUAAAUGCAGCUAAAGAAGAUGCUGUUGGCAAAAUAAUGGAAAUAACUGGUGGAAAGGGUGUGGACAUCGCUGUGGAAGCCCUGGGAAGGCCGCAGACAUUUUUGCAAUGUGUGCAAAGUGUGAAAGAUGGAGGAAAAGCUGUAAUGGUUGGGCUUUCACAAGCUGGUGCAGUUGGGGAAGUAGAUAUAAACCGUCUUGUCCGUAGAAAGAUACAAAUCAUUGGAUCUUACGGAGGGAGGGCAAGGCAGGAUCUGCCAAAGUUGGUCAGAUUGGCAGAAUCAGGCGUAUUUGAUCUAGCUAAUGCUGUUUCUAGAAGGUACAAAUUUGAGGAGAGUAACGAAGCAUUCCAGGAACUCAAUAAGGGAAGCAUUGUUGGUCGGGCAGUGGUUGAGAUAAUGUAAGUUCUUUUCACUCCAAGCGGCUGUUCUUGAUGCGAAACUUCAGCCUCAAGUACAAGGCAGCUCCUGGUGUAGAAAUCUGAAGAUCUGCAGGUGCAUAACCAAUGUAGCCUCAUAAACAAUCUCUCAUCAAACGCAUUCUAGGAUCACAAAUGGUUCUAACGUCUCUGUUUGUUGUUUCCUCCCCUCCCUUUAUUUUGGGUCAACCUCACAUACAUACAUAAACUCUUGGUGUUUGAAUAAAACUUUGCUGUGUGGUCGGCCGAAUAACAUGAUAUAAGAGAGGUUAUGAAUUUACACGUGAUUUGAAUAAUAUAUAUUACAAGUUUCUUCUGAUUAA